AUGAAGUCUCCACACAAGAAGAUGGGGAAUAAUAAUGAUCAGGCUCAUAACAACAAUGAGAAUAACGCUGCUCAUCCAUUUCAACAACAGGGAGGAAAAGUCCCUUUCCAACAGACAAUUCAACCGGUAAUGUUUUCUCAUAGGAAUAUGAACCCUCCUCCAUAUAAUUUUCAAAAUAGAGGCUAUAAACAUGGCACUUCGGAAAACCACAUGUAUUCCAAUCAUCAGGGGUUAUCCCAACUAGACUCUCCAAUUAAUUCAAGUUAUUCUCAAUAUGAGAGCCAUCCAUAUCACUCGCAACAAACACCUUUGCCAAAUCCACCUCCAACUCCAUUUGACUAUGCUUAUGGUACAACUUUAUUACCAUCUCAUAUUUUGAUGAACUCACCAUUUGUGUCGACUCCCAAUAAAUCUUAUUUAUCUUUCCAAGCAAGUCCCUCAAGAGGGAUAUCAUAUAACAGAAGGAAUAGUAACCAAAUGGUAUUUCCUAACCCUCCAAUAAUCACUUCACCACAUUUAGUAGGUGAUAAAAGUGAAAGAGCCAAAAGUGAUAAUUAUGAGAAAGUAGAUACCUUAGAUGAUGAAAAAAGGAAUCGAGAAGUCUUCGAAGAAGAGUCUGCUAUAGCCUAUAAGAUAAGCUACCAAAUCUUACCAAAAGGGGACGAUACUUACCACACAAGAUCACUACUGUUUGAGAAUAUCAAUGAGUCUAUCGAUUUACACACGUUUAUUGAGAAGUUUGUUAAUUAUGGGUUAAUUGAAAGUGUAUACGUUGUGCCGUCAUAUGAGACACAUCAAAAUUCGGUUAAAUCAAUUCUUUUAAGUUUCACCUCUCGUUCAAUAUGUUUGGAUUUUUAUAACAGUGUAUUACAAAAGUUAUCAGAAUACAAAACACAGUUGAACUCAGAGAAUUUAAAAUUAAGUUUUGUAUCAUUAUGCUAUUUGCAAAAUAAUAUUAAUAAAGGAAAUGGAAAAAUAAGUGUCGAGUCCCAAAAAAAUGAAACCGAUUUUGAACUGACAUCAUUGAUUCAAUACCAAGUUGCUAAUUUUGGAGCAACUCGAUCACUUUGCAUAGAAUUCGAUAAACGAGUAGAUAAAAUUGAUGACUUUAUUGAGACAUAUCUUCCCUUCUUAAGCUCCAAUGCUAACAAGAGAUACAUUAUUGAAUCUCUCUAUAUUGUUAACAAUAAUGGAAAAGACAAUGAAUUUCCAGCACAUUAUGUGAUACUGUCUUUCCUGAAUAUAUCUAUGGUGAUAGAAGUUUUACACUAUAUUAGAUCGAAGAACCUCUCAAAGACAAUUAAAAACUGUCUCUAUGUAUCUUUUGAUAGGACUAAACAUGCGGUAUCAAAUUCUAACAGACAGUCUUUAAGUAAAAAAGGUACUAGUGAUACGUUAAAUACGUAUACUCUGGAGUCACCAAUAAAUCAUAACACUGAAGUAGAUAUGAAUGAUAUUCCUUCUAUAUAUGAUGAAAACGAGAUAGAAAUAGCUAAUAAAUUGAGUGAACUAGAGAUUCAAACACAUACUUUCAAUUUAGAUAUCUCAAACUAUUCAAAUCCUCAUAUAGAAAUUAGGGCAGAACAUCUGCCAAAUGUAUCAAUUUCUAGAGACCCUAUGAUUUAUGCAAAUCCUAUAUAUCAGAGUCCGCCAUCAGGUUACAUGGAAAAUAUGUGGACAACUACUCCCUUCCUAUCAUCUCAUAUAGUUCAUGAGGAAUAUGCAAAUGACAGAGUUGAUUAUAACAUGAAACAUUAUAAUAAUCAAUUGUAUAAUGUACCAUUACCACAAACAUUACAGUCACAAUUUGCAACAUCAGCAGAAAUGGCCUCAAAAAUGGGUGGUGGUGUCGGAAAUAGAACUAUUUUCAUUGGUAACAUAAAUCCUAGAUCAAAAACCGAAGAUAUUUGCAAUGUCACAAGAGGUGGAAUAAUCCAACAAGUUAAAUACAUUAGAGAAAAAAAUAUUUGCUUUGUUAUCUUUAUUGAUCCUCAAGCUGCCGCUCAAUUUUAUGCCAAUUCAUUUAUCGAUCCAAUAAUAUUACAUAAUAAUACACUUAAAAUCGGUUGGGGUGACCACCCUGGCCCACUUCCAAAGGCAAUCGAAUUAGCUGUUACUGCUGGAGCUAGCAGAAACGUUUAUGUAAGUUUGCCAGAAUUUGCAUUUAAAGACAAGUAUAUUAACGAUCCUAAUUAUAAGGAAUAUCAUAAUAAAUAUAUUCUACCAUCUGAACAGCAGUUAAGGGAAGAUUUUUCCAAAUUUGGUGAAAUGGAACAGAUCAACUUUUUAAAGGAUAAGCAUUGUUGUUGGAUAAAUUUUACAAACAUCAGGUCUGCAAUCAAAUUGGUAGAAUUAGUUAAAAAUGAGGAUAAUAAUAACUUCCAUGAAAGAUACAAAAAUAGAUACAAGGGUCUAAUCAUUGGCUAUGGUAAAGAUCGUUGUGGUAACGUCAACAAGAGUCUAGUAUCAAAUAAAAAUUCUCGAUACUUUAGAAAAGUCAAAAAGCCUUCUUAUAAUAUUAGACUACAACAAUUAGAGGAAGAGAGGAAAAGAAAUGAUGAAAUAAAACAAAUCGAUAAUAAACGUAUCAAUUUGGAUUCUCUGGGAAUUACCACAUCUCCAAACCAAAAUAUCCAGGAAGAUGAAACCUUGUCUCUGGCAAAAUUAAAAUUAACUUCAGACACAGGAUUCAAGAAUUCUGAGAAUGAAAGUGAUAUUGACGAUUCUGCUUCCAAUUCUUCAACUGACGUUGAAUUGAUUAUAAAUUCACCAGGAAAUGGUUUUAAAAGUCAUAGAAACAGAAAGCCAAAACCAAAUAACUUAGAUUUAGGUGAACGACCAAAAGUGGACGCAAUAGUAUUUAAAGCUGAUGGUCCAAUGGCACCAAAUAAGCUAUCUCAUGAUUAUCAUAGGACACAUAAUACAAGAGUUGAUAACCCAAGAUCAGAAAGGACUAGGAAAAGGACACAUAAGAAAAUAAUUCCCGGCUCAGAUGUAAUGUCACAGUAUUUGGCACAAGUUCAACAUUCAACAUUCAUGUAUGCAGCAAACGUGUUGAAUGCAUCUAUUGAGGAACCUGAAUUUUAUGAUGAAAAUGACAUUGAUUUUGCAAAGCAAUAG